AUGGUCCUAGUCGAGGCACGGUUUGGCCUCCGCGUCUACGAGAGCCCGUUGGCGCCCACCUGCCCUUGGCCGCCGAAGGAGCUCGUUUCGCCUGCAGCCAGUGGGCGCCGCCCGCCGACUUCUAAAUACACAUACACACGCACCCCCUCGCCAAAAACCCACGACUUCGGCCUGCCGCCCUCGACGUCGCUGCUCCCGCCCGCGCCGUGGCUGACGUUGGACCGCUCUGUUGGCUCAACCAUCGGACCGCCGCCGCCACCACGUCCACCAACAUGUCCAUGGCCCUUUUUCCAUGCUGCAAGCUGUACACCUACAAGUCCACAGCGCCAGCCCGCGCCCCCUGCCCCCGACCCUCGGCCCAGACGUGCAGUACCCCAGCUUCCUGCUCGCCUUGGCUUCCCCAUGGCCAUGCCUAUGCUGCACCACCACCACCACUCUGCCAUCGCGGGCCCAAAAAUCCCACAAUCGCAAAACACCACGCCAAUCGCACACACCGUGUCCUCGCAACGCCUCCCCCCCGCGCCCGCCGCCCUGGCGAUAGCUGCCACCGGCAAUGGAGAGGCCCGCUCAUGUGCCCACGUCCAAGCACAAGUGCACACGCCGGGGUCUGGCAGAGCCCCGCUGCAUGAAGAGCUAACAAUAGCAACACGACCUACCGUCCCGUCCAAGUGCUCACACUCACGCUCACGACUUGUUCACCGUCGUCGUCAUGACGCACCAAGCUCCCUCUCCCUCGUCCAACCAGGCUGUGCACCUGUUCAAGAAUAG